CACUUUUUCUCUACGUCUCGUGGGGAAGGAUUUUGCUGCUCUUUAUUUGAAGAUAAAUUUAAUGCAAAUUAUAAUUUAUUUUUAAAUAAAAAUCAGUGCAAAUCACAACUAGCAGCUAUCUUCAAAAUAAAAAUUGAUCUAAUAAAAAAGCAGUAAAAAUAAAAUGGAUAAUAUUCAGGGAAAUGAACAUCAACCCCAACAACGGACUGGAUUUGCACCACGACGUCAGUAUGAUGAUCUUGGACCGUCCGUGCUUACCAGUUUGGAUAACAUUACAAACGGUCAUAUGCAAACUCCAAAAAUUGAGCUGGCAUCAAGACCCAUGAAGUCUAAAAAGGAUAAAAUGGCAGAUUUAACUGCCACAACCAGCAAAUUAGCUAUUGAGGAGUUAAGAUUGACCGAUAGCAAUGGACUGGCUAUGAAAACACCGGUUUCCAUUUUGCAAGAGCUCUUGAGUCGGCGAGGAAUAACUCCUAACUAUGAGUUGGUGCAAAUCGAGGGCGCCAUUCAUGAGCCCACAUUUCGUUAUCGUGUCGCUUUUAACGACAAGGAUGUGCCGUUUACAGCAAUGGGCGCGGGACGCUCCAAGAAAGAGGCUAAACAUUCAGCUGCACGUGCAUUAAUUGAUAAGUUAACUGGAGUACAGCUACCUGACGCAGCCCAAACUUGUGCUGGUGUUGGAAUUGGUGCAGCAACUGGUGGUAUUACUGCUACAAAUGUAGCCAACGAAGCCAACGCAAAUGCAGUUGGCAGUGGCGAUGGCGCCGAUAAAAUAGUUGGAAACCCAAUUGGAUGGUUGCAGGAGAUGUGUAUGUCUCGUCGCUGGCCACCACCAACUUAUGAGACAGAAACUGAAGUCGGUUUACCACAUGAACGACUAUUUACAAUUGCCUGUUCUAUUCUUAAUUAUCGUGAAGUUGGAAAAGGCAAAAGUAAGAAAAUUGCCAAACGUCUAGCAGCUCAUAAAAUGUGGACGCGCUUACAAGAAAACCCAUUGGACAACAAUCAGAUAUCGGAAGCAAUGCGUGUCGAUCUGGAUGGAGAUAAUCGUAACUGUUCUAAUUAUUAUGGUGAUUUGAAAGAUAUCACUGUGCCUACAUUAACGAGCCAGCAUAGUAAUAAGGUCUCACAGUUUCAUAAAACACUUAAAAAUGCUACCGGAAAAAAAUUAUUGAAGUUGCAGAAAACGUGUUUAAAAGGUCCAAAAAUUGAUUAUGUUAAAUUAUUGUCCGAAAUCGCCAAUGAGAAUCAAUUUGAAGUUACUUACGUUGAUAUAGAGGAGAAAACCUUUACAGACCAAUGCCAAUGUUUGGUUCAGCUUUCAACUUUGCCGGUCGGUGUAUGCCAUGGUUCUGGCCCAACAGCAGCUGAUGCACAGAAGCAGGCUGCACAAAAUGCAUUGGAGUACUUAAAAAUUAUGACAAAGAAAUAA